AUGGCAGAACUUCCAUGGGAGCAGGAUCAAGCCCCAAGAAUGAUUCUGAGUGUAAAGAUAAAGUGGCUUUCCCAGAGCAGCCAGGACACCUAUGAACCACAGCAGAGGCCCGGUAGCUACGCAGAAGACACUCGGGGCAGGACUUUUGCAUCACAUGGAUUGCUCAUCCGGGUCGGAAAUCCAGUCUGCAACUCCAGAACAAACCCACAACCGCACCAAACAGGGAAGAAGGAUGAACGUAUAAAGACCUUGGACACCUCUUCUAAGAACGACCCCAGGAGUGAGAAGCUUUUGGAUUCUUCCUCCUCUAUAGCAGCAGCACCAGCCGCAGCCAAGCGGGCGUGGAGCGCCGCGGAGUCCGGUUCCGACUGGGAGAGCGGCCGCUCGGAGUGCCUGUCCCCCGAGGAGCCCGGCGGCAGGGGCAGCCGCCGCUUGCGCACCGCCUUCAGCGUGGAGCAGAUCAGCACCCUGGAGAGCUCCUUUAAGCGCCACAAGUACCUGGGCUCCGCCGAGCGCCGCAAGCUGGCCGCCAAGAUGCAGCUGUCCGAAGUGCAGAUCAAGACCUGGUUCCAGAACCGGCGCAUGAAGCUGAAGCGGCAGCUUCAGGAGAUGAGGCCCGAGCCCUUCUACAGCCCCGUACCCUUCGGAGCGCGGCCCCUGCCCCUGCACUACGUCUACCCGGCUCAGCAGCAGCUCCUGGCUCACCUCCCCAGGCAGGAGGCCGUUCCCGCCAGCUUCGCCUUCCCAGCGCUGCCAGCCUCUGCCUUGAGCCCCGCCAGCACCUUCCGGGCGGAGCCAGGCUUUUGGCAGGCGCCCUGCUUUGUGGGGUACAGAGACUCCAGGGCUUUCUUGCUGCCCAUUUGAACCCGCUGAGCUGGCCUGUGACUUAGAAAAGGAUUUGCACUAACUCUGGCUCUGCGGGGUCGCCUAGACCUGUACCUGCCUGCUGUGUUUAUGAUGCGAUCCUCUGGUACAUAAGGACAAUAUUUUAUAUGGACACUUACAUGAGGCUAAUGAGGCCGAGUAUUAAUAUAAUGUGGAACCAUCCAAAAAAACCAAACACUUGCCAGCUUUCACUCUACUUCCUUGCACAAGACCUCCGGAGCCCUUACUUACCAUAACCCUGAACACGGCCUCUUUCUUUCCUUCCUUCCGCCCUGCCUCCUAAAUUCAGGAUAUCAACUAAUCUGCAAAGCCCUGACCCAAACCCAACUCUUCCCUUCCAUGGGCCCAGAAUAGGCUUCUGUAUAGAUUUGCAAUUUGAGCUGGUUUAAUAGUCUCUGCCUGGAUACCACCUUUUAAGGAAGUGGGUUGAGAGUUUAAGAAUAAUAACCUGGAGAAACUCAAUACCCUGCCAAACCACCCAGCAGCCAGCAGAGUGUUGAAUCUUGCAAUAUGCACACAAUGGGUGAAAUCAUGUGCUCAUGGCAAAAUUCCCAUUGACUGCAAUGGACUUGGCCAGGAUUUCACACUAUGUUGAGUUUUAGUGCUGCUGCCCGAUCCUUGUUACAGAGGCACCUAUACUUGCCCUGUUCUGGUUAAAACUGUUA